UUAGAAUAAAGAGAAAAUCAUAAGCAAAAAGUAGAAGACAUACAUAAAAAUGAUGGGAUUGAAGUCAAACAUUAUGGCAUUACUAUUACAUCUGUUGUUAAUGUUGGCAUCAACCGCAAAAGGUCAAUCCAUUUUUGAUAUCACUACGUAUGGUGCCAAACCUAAUACUGAUAUUACUCAGGCUUUGGCAAAUGCAUGGAAGGAUGCAUGUGCAUCGACCAAUUCUAGUAUAUUGUUGAUUCCAAUAGGAGUUUACCAACUAAACCAAUCCAUUCUCGAUGGUCCUUGCAAGAGUACUAUUGACUUUCGGUUGGAAGGAACAUUACAAGCUCAUCCCAAUCCAAUAGGAAAUAUGAUGGUUCUUUUUGAACAUAUCGAUCAAUUGACAGUGUCAGGCACUGGUGCUUUUGAUGGCCAACGAAAAAAGGGUGGAGACAAAAAUGAUUGUCGCUUGGAAAAAACAUGCGCUAAAUUUCCCCGGAAUGUGAAGUUCAAUUCCAUAAACAAUUCAAUAGUGAAGGACAUAACUUCCUUGGAUAGUCAGAAUUUUCACAUCAAUCUUUUCGAUUGCAAGAAUGUUACUCUCCAAAAUGUGACAAUUAUUUCACCAGAGAGUAACCCCAACUCUGAUGGAAUUCAUGUGAGCAGUUCAGAAGAGAUUAACAUUCUCAAUACACAAAUCUCAAACGGAGCUGAUUGUGUAUCUGUUGGAGACAGCAGCAAGCAAAUAACUAUUACUAAUGUAACUUGCGGACCAGGAGAUGGCAUUAGUAUAGGAAGUUUAGGCAGGUACGCUAAUAGAACAGAGGUGACAGGAGUUACAGUGAAAUCAUGUAAAUUAAUCAAUACUUGGAAUGGUGUUAGAAUCAAGUCGUGGCCAGAUUCUGCAUCUGCAUACACAGCCUCUGACUUACAUUUUGAAGAUAUUGAAAUGGUUAAUGUUAGCAAUCCUGUCGUUAUUAACCAAGAAUAUUGUCCAUUUGAUCAAUGCGACAAAAAGAUUCCAUCAAAAAUUAAGAUCAGCAACGUUAGUUUCAAGAAUAUCAGAGGCACUUCUGCUACUUCGGUUGCUAUUCAACUUAUUUGUAGCAAAGAUUUACCGUGCGAAGAUGUGGAAGUUGCUGAUAUUGACCUAACUUACACCGGAACUCAAGGACGGAUUACGUCUCAGUGUAGAAACGUGAUUCCCAUCAUUACUGGAAAGCAAAAUCCUCGUGCGUGUGUCGAAGCUGCUCCUAUUAAUGCUACAUCCACAUCCACGUCAAUGGCAGAACUCUAAACCCUAAAUUUGCCGUUAGCUAUAAUAAAACUUGAAAUUUAUAGCCAUUUUGUUUUAGAUUGAA